AUGGAGUUGUUGAAAGUAGUUCAAACAGAUCCAUUGGAAAAAAUAAAAGAAAUUGUUGAAUCCAAAGGCAUUCCCAUCAACUCAAAGUGGAUUGAUUAUGCAGUAUUGAACAGUGCUAUUGAAUGUGGAAGAAAAGAUGUUGCAAAAUUUUUACUAGAAAACAAAUGUAGAGUUAAUAAAACAUCAAAAUCAACUGAAAUGUUAAAUACUCCACUGCAUAAUGCUGUCAAGCUGGGUGAUUUAGAAUUAAUACAUAACCUUUUAGAAAAGAAAGCAUCAAUCACAGCUGUAAACUCUGAAGGCAAUUCCCCUCUGCACAUUGCUUUCAUGAGUAGACAAGUAAAAACUAUUGAUGCUAUGUUGAAAUACAUAGAAAGUACUGAAAAUUAUGAAAAUAUAAAAAAUAGUCAAGGUUUGACUCAUAUGCACAUUGCAUCUUCAAAUAACAAUGGAAAACUUGUUGAAAAAUUCUUGGAGGCUGGGGCAGAUUUGAAUGAUUCCAUAAGUAUGAAUUCACCAUUGUGGCCAGGUUACAAAGCCCUACAUUUUGCUGUGCAUUUUGAGUCACUAGAAGCUGUAACAGUUCUCAAAAAAGCUAGUAAGAAUAUUAAUUUCGAAGAUAGUAAUGGUCUCAAUCCAUUGCAACUAGCUUAUGAGAAACUCAAAGAUUUAUCAGCUAUGGUUCACAUAUUAUCAGUAGAAAAUAUGAAUGUUGAAAGUAUUGAAAAUAGACAACUAUCUUAUUUUCAUAUAGCCUGUUUGCGAAAUGAUCCAACAGCAGUGGAAACUUUCAUUAAAAAUGGUGCUGAUAUAAAUCUUGCUGUAAGUCGUGAUGCAAUUUUUUGUCCUCUCUACACACCUUUGCAUUUUGCUGUUGAAAGCAAUUGCAAAAAAAAUGUAGAGCUGCUGUUGGCAUAUGGUGCUGACACACAAUUACGAGACAAGUCUGACAUGACUCCACUACAUAUUGCACUGUAUAAUGAAGACCACAGACAGCGAGAUACUAUAGUUGAUCUAUUGUAUAAAGAAACAAAUAAAGAAAAUGAACAUUCAGAUUGUAAUGGACUAAACUACUUUCAUAUAGCUGUGACCAGAAACGAUCACAAAUUAGUAAAGAAAUUUCUCACUAAAGACAUAGAUGUAAACGAUCCGAUUCUAUGGAACUUGCGCAAAUUUGCGCACUACACGCCAUUACACUUCUCAGUACUGUACGGACAUAAAAGCAUGACAGAAUUUCUUAUCAAACGUGGCGGCAACGUCAAUCGCCACGACUCUGGUUUAGACGGUACUCCUCUGCAUUUGGCUAUUGAAACCGGCAAUAAGGAUAUCAUUGAUCUACUACUCUAUUCAGGCGCUAGAGUUGACGAAAUACGUUUUUAUGAGCAAAGAACAACGCUACACCUGCUCGUAAUAUUCUGCGUGAAUCACAUAGAAAAUGAUUUGUUUUUGGAGUAUAUCGAAACAUUUGUGAAACUUGGAUGUGACGUGAAUGCUAAAGAUUGUGAUGGCAACACGGCUUUACAUCUUGCCUGCUCCAAACUUUUCAACGGAGCCCAGUGUGCAAAAUUAUUGUUAGAAUUCGGCGCAGACAUCGAUCUCGAGAACGAGGAAGGCAAGACACCUUUCGAUAUGAGCUUUUACUUAACAUCUGAAGUCGAUGACGAAAAUUACAUGAUGUUAUACGAACAUAUACAGAAACUGAAAGCUCUUGGACUUAGAGUCAAUCCUAAGAAUGAAAUAUGCUGUGAGAGUUUGAUCCAAAUGAACCAACAGUUGAUUAAAGAAUCAAAUCGAAUUCAUCAGCAAAUUGAAGACGAGAUUAACAAGCUCAGAAACGUAAAGUUUAAUAAACGUGUUACACUUUUUGAUUUCCUAUUUUUCGAUGUGAAGCGACUCGCCAAUUACGUGCAGAAUGAUGUUCUCGAGAACAUUAUCGAUAGUGAAGAUCUAAAUGAGCAAUAUGCAUUGUAUGCUUAUUUAAUAAAACUACAGUAUCAGAAAGGAAUAAAUUAUCUUAUAGCUAAUGACAUUGAGAAGAAACCUGCGAAAGUUGAUAAUGACGGAAACAUUAGUCCUAAUAAGAAACGACGCUUUUAUUAG